AGUAGAGAAGGAAGGGGAAACUUACUUGGCUCGGAGGGCUGGAUAGCGAAAGAGAAGGAACUUGACCGGUGAAAGCUCUGAGACUUGAUCGCGGAAAGUGAGCAGAGAGGAGGGGUGGAGGCCCUUAUAUAGGAAGAGGAGGGCUGAAAGAAGUGACGUGGCCUCUCCAGGUUGCGCCGCGUCAGGCGGCGCAAUGAUGACCCACUGGCAGGCGAAACGGCAGGUCUGCAGCCGACUGAUUGCAACGGUUGAUGCGCGACACGUGGCAAAAUUGAAAACCGUGAAUGGUGUGCAGGUGUUUGUUCGUGAUUUUGUACCCAGUGCACUGGCCUUCCUAAUGAAUGGUGAGCCUGAAAUAGUUAAGAAUUUCCUGCUGAAAACACUUCUGCUUCAAGGUUGGGAAAAGAAAGUAGACAGAUUCAAGCUAGGUGAAGGGGUUAUGCCGGCCAGUUUCAAAGUUCUUCAUGAUCCGGUUCGUAAGGUCGAUACCGUCAUAGCUGACUUUGGUGAGAGUGCAAUUGGAAGGGUAGCUCCAGUUGACUCUGGGUUUUGGUGGAUAAUUCUUCUCCGUGCGUACACAAAAUCUACUGGAGAUACGACUCUUGCUGAAAGACCAGAGUGCCAAAAAGGAAUGAGGCUAAUACUUACUCUGUGCUUGUCAGAAGGAUUUGAUACAUUUCCUACAUUGCUUUGUGCUGAUGGAUGCUCAAUGAUUGAUAGAAGAAUGGGAGUUUAUGGCUAUCCUAUUGAAAUCCAAGCACUAUUCUUCAUGGCAUUGAGAUGUGCUUUGGCAAUGUUAAAGCAUGAUGCAGAAGGGAAAGAAUGUAUCGAGAGAAUAGUAAAACGGCUACAUGCGUUGAGUUACCACAUGAGGAGUUAUUUCUGGCUUGACUUCCAACAACUAAAUGACAUAUACCGUUUCAAGACUGAAGAAUAUUCACACACUGCGGUUAAUAAGUUCAAUGUUAUCCCGGACUCAAUCCCGGAUUGGGUGUUUGAUUUCGUGCCUACACGCGGCGGUUACUUUGUUGGAAAUGUCAGCCCUGCAAGGAUGGAUUUUAGAUGGUUUGCAUUGGGAAAUUGUGUUGCCAUAUUGGCAUCUCUUGCCACUCCAGAGCAAGCCACUGCGAUCAUGGACCUCAUUGAAGCACGCUGGGAGGAGCUCGUCGGGGAAAUGCCUUUGAAAAUCUGUUAUCCCGCGAUUGAAAAUCAUGAGUGGCGAAUAGUCACUGGUUGUGAUCCUAAAAACACUAGAUGGAGUUACCAUAAUGGAGGGUCUUGGCCAGUGCUCUUGUGGCUGGUCACUGCAGCCUGUAUCAAAACAGGACGCCCUCAAAUUGCAAAGCGGGCUAUUGAUCUAGCCGAGAGCCGCUUGCUCAAAGAUGGGUGGCCCGAAUACUAUGACGGGAAACUCGGAAGAUAUAUUGGGAAACAAGCCAGGAAGCACCAGACGUGGUCGAUUGCAGGAUAUCUGGUGGCAAAGAUGAUGCUAGAAGACCCUUCACACUUGGGGAUGAUAUCCUUGGAGGAGGACAAACAAAUGAAGCCUGUAAUGAAGAGGUCAUCUUCCUGGACUUGUUAAAAAAACCAGACAUGAGGUUUAUUUACAAGACCAUUAUCAUUCAUUAGUGGGUACUAUUUUAAAUUUUUUAUUUUUUUAAUGUCUGUAGUCCUUUCUUCUUUUGUAAGAUUUUGAUUUUCAAAAUCACGACCCUUGAUUGGUGGAUGGUGUUCUGUUUUCUUUGGUGGAAAUUUAAGUGCAUUUUCCACUGGUUUAGACUUUGGACACUAUUUCCAAGUCUAUUUGUUGUUAAAAAUGUACUGUAGUGAUAUUUGGUGUCUUCUGGUUCAUUGUUCUGACAACCCUUUUUUCCUCCCAU